GACUGCCCGCUUGUGACUCAUGGCUGACAUCAAACAUGGGGCCCUCCAGGUCGAGUUGGCCAGAGUAGCUGAGCUUUGUCUGAUCACAUAUGUUCCAGAAUCCAUCCCAUCACCCCAAUCCAAUUGUGGCUUCGUGCCUUCACGCGCAACCCCCCCAAUUCCCAAUUCUUACCAUCACCCACGUACCUAACACUUCACACAAGCCGCUCCCCUCCCCUCACUUCUGCAAAGCCCUUAGCCAUGUCGACGGCCAGCGCAGGUUCGGGCGGGGUCGAGGUUGACUUCGCCGAGGACAACUACGGCGAUACUCUCUUCCCACGCGAGAUCAAGUCCGCGCUCACGCACCUCCGCGACAUUGGUGAGCAACACGUCGAUCGUUCAGUGAAGGUGCGAGCCUGGAUUCAGAAUGCACGGAUGCAAGGCAAGAAGAUGGCGUUUGUCGAACUCCGGGAGGAAGGAUCUUGGUCCAUCCAAGGUCUCGUGGUUGCCGGUGCCGGUACUGGUGUCAGCAGAGAGAUGGUGAAGUGGGUUGGGUCCUUGAACCCGGAGAGCUUCGUUUCGGUGGAAGCCACGGUCAAACGACCCCUUGGUCUGGUCAAGAGCUGCCGUGUUACCAACUACGAGCUGCAUCUCAGCAAGGUCUUCUGCGAGGCCCCUGCCCCUGACGUCCUAGGCCUGAGUCUGGCAGCAGCAAACAAGGCCGCUACAGGCCUCGACGAGGAAGAGGAAGUCGUGGAUGGGAUGGCGAACUUAACGGUGAAGGAGCUGGUUGUUCCCGGAGCGAGCCUGGCCACACACAUCAGUGACCCGGUCAUGCACAAGCGUGCUCCCGUCACCCAAGCCAUAUCUGACAUUCGGAUGGCCGUUCGAAAGCUCUUCACCGAGUACGUGGAUACACGCGACUUCAAUAUGUUCGAACCGCCGUGCCUCAUCGGGGCUGCCUCGGAAGGGGGCGCCGAGGUUUUCACGCUCCCGUACUUCGGAAAGACGGCGUACCUGGCACAGUCGGCACAGUUCUACAAGCAGCUCGAAAUCGCAGGCGGAAGGAAGAGGGUGUAUAGCAUCGGCCCAGCCUUCAGGGCCGAGAAUUCAAAUACCCGCCGGCAUCUGACCGAGUUCAUUGUCAUGGAUCUCGAGACCGAGAUUGAAAGCCACUACCACGAGGUCAUGUAUCUUCUAGAAGACCUCCUGCUUUAUAUCUUCCGUCAGCUGGAGGUCCGGUGCAAAGACCAGAUCGAACUCGUCCGCAGCGUAUACCCGUCCCCGCCCUUUUUAGUGCCCCAGCCCGGAAAGGAAGUCCGCAUCUCAUUCGCCGACGGCCAAAAGCUGCUUCGUGAAAAAGGACCCGCAGAGUUUCGGAACGUCAGCGACGACGAGGAUAUGAGCACUCCCCAGGAGAAAGCGCUCGGUGCGAUUAUCCGCGACAAGUACCAGACCGACUUCUACAUCAUUGACAAGUUCCCAGAGUCGGCUCGGCCCUUCUAUGCCAUGCUGGACCCGGAGAAUCCUGCCGUCACCAAUGCUUUCGACUUCUUUAUGCGGGGUCAGGAGGUGCUCUCUGGUGGACAGCGUAUCCAUCACCCCGUCGUUCUUGAAGACCGAAUCCGAGCUAAAGGUAUCGACCCUAGCUCCCUAGGAAUCAAGGAGUAUCUCGACAUCUUCAAAUCAGCAGGCGUGCCACCGCAUGGUGGUGGAGGUAUUGGGUUGGACAGAGUUGUGGCUUGGUACUUGGCAUUGCCAACGGUGCAUCUUGCUGCAUACUAUCCGAGGACCCCUAAAAGACUGCUUCCAUGAGUAGAUAGGGUAGGGAAUGAACUAGAACAUGAGCAGCCCUGGAAAAAUUUAAGGCGGGAUGGGGGAGGGAAACCAAUUUAUGUCGUAUCCCAGGCGUAACUGCCGAUACAUCUACAGUUACAAGCACACAUUAGUGUAAAGUGGAGGUAAAAUGGGGGUAACAUUCCUCCCCAUAGUUCCCUAUAUCCAUGUGCUUGCCAACAUAUUCUGUGAAAUCUGUUGGGGGUUGAGCUGCCGAAUGAGGUUGGGGGGCGAGGUUAAGUGUGGAACGAUUGAGCGGCUCGUGGGAGGCCACGGGCAACCCGGUGUAGAGUUACCAUCGUUAAACACGC